CAACCGCGAGCUGUGUACAAGAAAGACGGGCAGAAGGGACCUUUCCGGAGACGCUGGCUGGGAUUUGAACACACCAACACCUUCUGUCCUGUGCUGUGCUUCGUAGCUCCUGUGGCAUUUCGGAGACUGCGGAGAAAAAAAACAAAACAGCGACGACUUUAAUGCGGCGUGUCGUUGGCGCAGACUGACAGCCUGCUGUAAGCUACCACCACAGAUCUGUAAUCAUGACGGCAGAGGAGACGAUCAUCAGCAUCAAGGAGGCAGAGGUGAUCAAGGUGGUACUGGACUUCCUGAACUCCAGGAAGCUGCACAUCAGCAUGCUGGCCUUAGAGAAGGAGAGCGGCGUCAUCAACGGACUCUACUCUGACGACAUGCUCUUCCUCAGACAACUCAUUCUUGAUGGGCAGUGGGAGGAGGUGAUGCAGUUCAUUCAACCUCUAGAAGGAAUGGACAAGUUUGACAAGAAAAGGUUUCGCUACAUCAUUCUGAAGCAGAAGUUUCUGGAAGCUCUGUAUGUAAAUAAUGCUAUGUCUGCUGCUGAAGACCCUCAUAAUCUGGAGCUCACCAUGCAAGCAGCAGUCAAAUGCCUCCACAGCGUGGAGGGGUUCUGUCCGACCAAGGACGACUACAGCAAGUUGUGUCUCCUCCUCACCCUGCCGCGCCUCACCUCCCACGCAGAGUUCAAAGACUGGAAUCCAAGCACGGCACGUGUCCAUUGUUUUGAAGAAGCCUGUGCUAUGGUGGCUGAGUUCAUCCCCGCGGACAGGAAGCUGAGCGAGGCGGGCUUCAGGGCGAGUGGAAACCGCCUGUUCCAGCUGCUCAUCAAGGGGAUUCUUUACGAGUGCUGUGUGGAAUUCUGUCAGAGUAAAGCAACUGGUGAGGAGAUCACAGAGGGUGAGGUGUUGCUAGGUGUUGAUUUGCUCUGCGGGAACGGCUGUGAUGAACUGGACUUGUCGCUGCUGUCCUGGCUGCAGAAUGUCUCUCCAGGAGCCUUCUCCUGCGCCUUCCAGCAGAAGACCCUCAACAUCCACGUGGACCGUCUGGUGAAGCCCAGCAAGGCCGGCCACGCCGACCUCCUCACUCCAUUAAUCAGCCGCCUGUCCCCCUGCACCACCUCACCGUUCCACCAUAGGGCUCAUUCGGCGGACACCUACAUGUCAAGAUCCCUCAACCCGGCUUUGGACGGCCUGUCGCACGGUCUGGCAGCCCAGGACAAGAGAAGCAUGGAGGCGAGAAUGAAGUCCGCCCUCAGUCGGAGCCUAGUGGAGAACAAUUUGCAUCAGCAGGACGAUUCGCCUGAAAAGAAGCACUCACAAGGGCUGGAUGGACCGAACACCACACGCACACCCCUGACCCCUGGAAAAGAUGGUGGGCCACCCUGCAGCGCAGAAACAAAUGAGAAUCCUGACUCCACAGAGCAAAUCCAGGAGUAUUUCAGGCAGCGUCUCCGUGUGCAGCAGCAUCUGGAGCAGAAGCAGCAGCAGAGACAGCUUUACCAGCAGAUGCUGCUGGAGGGAGGGGUGAAGCCACAGGACGGAGCUCAAAACAACCUGACUGAGGCCUUCCUCAGUAGAUCCAUUCAGAAGUUGGAAGAGAUGAAUGUUGGCAUAGACCACAGAGGAGAUGAGGGGAUGACACAAUGGAACGGACUGACGGGGAGCACCAGCACAUCCAGUCCUAGAACCAGCAGCACCCCAGACACUGGGCCGCCAAGGGAAAAGCCAGGUGGAGGGGUGAGCAGCACUCCGUUAGGGACCGGGAGCCACGGCUUGCCUUCCCUCAGCGAGUCCCCAGUUCCUGCCAGUCAAAGUGUUGAGAAGAUAAGAGGAUCCGGUCCCACAGGCCAAGAUGAUUCUGGCUGCUCUGCAACACGUAACUCACAAGAGCUGGGGAAGUCCAAAGCACAGUUUGUCAAAGUGAACCAGCUGGAGGACACACAGGCUGUGCGUGCAGUGGCCUUCCAUCCCUCUGGAGCGCUUUACGCUGUCGGCUCCAACUCAAAAACCCUGAGAGUCUGUGGCUACCCAGAGACACUGAACAUCAAUGGUUCUGGUGCACCCAAACAGCCAGUGGUACGCUUUAGGAGGAACAAACACCACAAGGGCUCAAUCUACUGUGUAGCCUGGAGCCACUGUGGACAACUGUUGGCUACUGGCUCCAAUGACAAAUUUGUCAAAGUCCUGCCAUUCAAUGCAGAGAGCUGCAAUGCCACAGGCCCAGACCUGGAGUUCAGCAUGCAUGACGGCACCAUCAGGGACCUGGCCUUCAUGGAGGGCCCUGAGAGUGGAGGAUCCAUCUUGAUAAGUGCAGGGGCCGGAGACUGCAACAUCUACACAACAGACUGUCAGAGAGGACAGGGGCUUCACGCCCUGAGUGGACACACUGGUCACAUUCUUACUCUGUACACGUGGGGAGGAUGGUUGAUUGCCUCUGGCUCCCAGGACAAAACAGUGCGGUUCUGGGACCUGCGGGUGCCAAGCUGUGUCCGGGUUGUGGGCACAACUCUGCACGGCUCAGGAAGUGCAGUCGCUUCAGUGGCGGUGGAUCCCAGCGGCCGCCUGCUGGCCACAGGUCAGGAGGACAGUACCUGCAUGUUGUAUGACAUCAAAGGAGGCCGCAUAGUUCAGACGUACCGCCCUCACAGCAGUGACAUCCGCUCGGUGCGCUUCUCCUCUGGAGCCCAUCACCUUCUCACCGGCUCUUACGACAACAAAGUCACCAUCAGUGACCUUCAAGGUGACCUAACAAAGCCCCUCCCUCAGACAGUGGCAGGAGAGCACUCGGACAAGGUGAUCCAGUGUAGGUGGCACCCCCAUGACCGGACCUUCCUCUCCUCCUCCGCAGAUCGAACUGUGGUGCUCUGGGCCCCGGGCCCCUGAGCUGUUCUCUGGAGAGACACUGGUUAACAAACAGCAGCACUGGGAAGCACAAGAACACAGUGUCCACACUUCCCAGUAUGGGAUCGCUUCCUGCUGCGGUGUGCGUUGGUGUGCACACACUGUGAGCAUCAAGCUGUUUAUAUGCUGCUCAGUUAAGAGUUAACCUUGUGUGUGUUUGUG